GCCUCGCUCCACAGACGUGCGCUCGUUUUAUUUGUUGUUGCAGUUAUUCGAACGUUAUCGCGGCGACAAUGUUGCCGAUGGUUCGAAUGGCUGCGGCGGCGGCGUGUGCUGCGACGACCUCAAACACGCAGAACAUUGUCACGCAAACUUGCGAGAGAUUAUUGCAGGCAGCCUAAAUGUGGGCAAAUUAUCACCCGCUCAAUAAAUUAGCCUGACGUAAUUUCUGCCCAAGUCUCUAUUUUUAGAUAAACAGCAAUGCGCUGAAAAAAAAAACAAUGAACGCGGCUAUAUUUAUCCCGGAAAUAUAUUAAAAUAUUCACACGCUUGGCUUCUUUAGAACACCGGUGCCAACGACGGAAAUGUUCGGUUUCGGAAAUGUUCUUCGUUCUAAGAACGUUGGGUUUUUCCGUCCACGCGGAACCAUUAGCGGCGCGCCCGAGGUUUCCCCCGGACCGACAGCCCACUUCCUCCGGUGUGGCGUGCGCCGUUGAAAAGCAGCGCAGGGGAAACUGCGGGCUCCGGGUCGUCUUGCGCCAAUACCCCCUUGCAAACUACAAGGGGUUCGGUCCGUUCACGGUAAACCAGUUUCACCCUUCUCAAAAAAAUGGAGACUAUCCUGGAGCAGCAGCGGCGCUAUCACGAGGAGAAAGAGAGGCUGAUGGACGCCAAGACAAAAGAAAUGCUGCACAAGAAAACCACGCUGCGUGAACAGAUCAACUCCGACCACCGAACCAGAGCAAUGCUGGACAGAUACAUGGAAGUGAGCGCCAAUCUCAGAGACUCCUACGAGGACAAAGAUGGAAUGAGGAAGGAUGAACUCAGUGCCAUCUCAGGACCAAAUGAAUUUGCAGAAUUCUACAACAGACUGAAACAAAUUAAGGAGUUUCACAGGAAGCACCCAAAUGAGAUAUGUGUACCAAUGUCGGUGGAAUUUGAGGAGUUGAUGAAGGCGAGAGACAACCCCAGUGAGGAGGCUCAAAACCUUGUGGAGUUUACUGAUGAAGAAGGAUACGGGCGCUACCUUGAUCUCCAUGACUGCUACUUGAAAUUCAUCAAUUUGAAGGGAGCAGAGAAAAUGGAGUAUAUCACUUACCUGUCUUCAUUUGACCAGCUGUUUGACAUCUCUAAGGACAGGAAGAAUGCAGAAUACAAAAGGUACUUGGAGAUGCUAUUGGAUUACCUCCAGGAUUACACGGAUCGUGUCAAACCUCUGUUGGACCAGAACGAGCUCUACGGCAAGGUUCUGGUAGACUUUGAGAAGAAGUGGGAGAAUGGGACGUUCCCUGGUUGGCCUAAAGAGACAAGUAGUGCUUUGACACACGCUGGGGCUCAUUUGGACCUCUCCGCCUUUUCUUCUUGGGAAGAAUUGGCCUCCUUAGGUCUGGACAGAUUGAAGUCUGCCCUCAUGGCAUUGGGACUAAAGUGUGGAGGAACUCUUGAGGAAAGGGCGCAGAGGCUUUUCAGUACCAAAGGGAAGUCACUGGAAUCUCUGGACCCCUCGCUGUUUGCCAAGAACCCCAAGUCCAAAGGACCCAAAAAAGACACAGAGCGUAACAAGGAAAUUGCCUUCCUGGAGGCUCAGGUCUACGAAUAUGUGGAGAUCCUGGGGGAGCAGAGGCAGCUGACCCAUGAGAAUGUGCAACGGAAGCAGGCCAGGACUGGAGAGGAGCGUGAGGAAGAGGAGGAGGAGCAGCUCAGCGAGAGUGAAAGUGAGGACGAGGACAACGAGAUCAUUUACAACCCCAAGAACCUGCCCCUCGGCUGGGACGGCAAGCCAAUACCGUAUUGGCUGUAUAAACUCCACGGGCUAAACAUCAACUACAACUGUGAGAUCUGUGGAAACUACACCUACAGGGGACCAAAAGCCUUUCAGAGGCACUUUGCGGAGUGGCGACAUGCUCACGGCAUGCGUUGUCUAGGUAUACCGAACACUGCCCACUUCGCCAAUGUCACCCAGAUUGAGGAUGCCGUUUCCCUGUGGGCAAAGCUGAAGUCCCAGAAGGCAUCCGAGCGGUGGCAACCGGACACAGAGGAGGAGUACGAGGACUCCAGUGGAAAUGUGGUCAACAAGAAGACCUAUGAAGAUCUGAAAAGACAAGGCUUGCUGUAGAUUCGGGGGGCGGGGGGAGUCAACCGUCACACAAGCCAUGAAAGUUGUUAAGAGCUUACUUUGAAAAUGUUCUAUAUAUUUGUAAUCUUGACCUAGCCAUGUAGCAUUUUAUGUGUACGUAGUCGUGUUUUUUAGACUACCUGCCGUCUCCUCUCACCCCGCUGAUAAGUUCAUAAUGGGGAAGUCAUUGAUCAUUAAAAUAAACACCAGUACUUUG